CUUCACUACCAAGACCAAGACCAAAAAUCCGUGUUAACUGUCAACAAUCAAAACAAACCCAAUAAAUCGCUUACCACUUGCCGUUACAAGAUGAUAUCAACGCCAACAGUCAAUCCACACCAGUUACUCACCUGUCCAUACUAAUUACCUGUUAAUACGCGCUCUAUACACCUGUUUGAGCUAUCUAUAUCGCCUCCCUACCGGUCCCGCCCCCCCGCCCCCCGCUACCCCAUAGGUCCGGGCAGCCAUGGGGUCGGUGCGGGCCGCCCAUGAGGCCUUCGUCACGGGGCACAGCGGCACGGACAGCCCCAUGGACGUGAUUCUGGCUGUGUCCUCGGCCUUCCCCGCCUCCGUGCUGUCUGUGGCGGUGGUUCAGGGCAGAGUGGGAUGGCAAUGGUUCGCCCUCGACUGCCUCAUCCUGGUCACACCCGUCGCUCUGGGGUUCACCAUCUUAGCCGACCACACCCCACUCAUGUUCCUGGUUUUCACAACACUAGCGGCCCUGGCUGUGGGGGUCACCAGGCCCUCCGGAGCUGCUCAAGAAAGGCGCCACACAGAUGACGAGAAGAAGGAAGGGUCAGGGCGUCGUGUGGGGUGUGUGACCAGCUUCCGGGCGUUACUCAACCUGGCCACCACCAUCGCCAUCCUUGCUGUCGAUUUCCACUGCUUUCCAAGGCGGUUCGCCAAGACGGAGGUACAAGGCUACAGCAUAAUGGAUGUGGGUGCUGCAGGUUUUGUCGUGGCUAAUGGACUGGUGGAGGGCAGGCGACAGGUGGCCCUCAGGGUGGUGGCGCGAGAUGUGGCAGUGCUGAUGUGCCUGGGGGUGGUGCGGCUGGCCAUGGUCUGGGCCUCGGACUACCAGCACCACGUCACAGAGUAUGGGGUCCACGGGAACUUCUUCUUCACCCUCGCGGCCAUCAAGCUAACUUGUUCCUGGUGGGCGUGGCGCGUCGGCAGACUCAGCGCUAUGAUACUGCUUCUGGUGCUGACAUACGCCCACCACCUCCUGCUGACCGUGGGGGGCGUGGGUGCCUGGACGCUGGGGCCGGCACCACGCGACACCCUCGUCAGUGCCAACAGGGAGUGGCUGGUGUCGCUCCCUUCCUAUGUGGCUCUGUACCUCUUUGGUGCCGCGCUGGGUGCCUUGGUGUGUGACAGUGACAGGAGCAAGAGGGCCAGGGUGCCGCUGUUCCUCUGGUGUGUGGUGGCGGUGAGUGCCGUGAGCCUGGCACUCCUGCACACCUAUGUCGACCCUCCCUCACGCAGACUUGGCAACGCUGCUUUCGUGGCAUUCUCCGUUCUCUACGCCACCAUCACCCUCGCCAUCACACCCAAAGACCUGGGGAAACACACUCACUUUCUCACUCUCACUCUCUUUCAGGUUCUCUACGCCACCAUCACCCUCGCCAUCUUCUCCCUCUGUGACCUCUGGCUCCCUAAGUGGCUGCCCGGGACCCCAUCAACGCCCACCCUCUUCACUGCCAUCAACCGCCGUCCACUGCUCUCCUUCCUCCUCUCAAACCUCACCACCGGCCUCAUCAACAAGAGCAUCAACACCCUGGACGUCCAACACCCCUGGGACUUCUGUGUGGUGUUGACGCAUACCUUUGGGGUGCUGGCGGUGGUGUAUUUCUUGUAUAAGGGUGAUGGUGAAGGGAGACGGUGAUUUUGUUUUGUUUUCUUUUACACUGUGGGUCCUUUUUUUUUCCUUAUUUUUUAGGGGAAGGUAAUUUUUCUUUUUCUUUUUCAUUGGGGGUAAUUUUUCUUUUUCAGGGAAGGGUUAAAAUUUUGAAACAGGGGAGGGUGAUUUUUUUCCUUUUUUA